AGACAGUGGAGACAGACUGUGACCCCACAGUAAACAUCUGUAGUUAGUCAUUAACACAGUUUAAACAGCACAUCUGAUCAGUCCUCUCCCAGCCUUGUCUCUGAAGAUUUUCCAUUGGCUGUAGGCUCUAUAGAUGUCAUGGGCUGGCUGUUCCUUUGUGUGUCUGCGGCUCUAACUGUGUGGUCGGCAUCUGCUCUGAGCACAUCAGUGUUUUCCAGCAGCCCUGAGGCCCACAUGCUCCUGCGCUCCAAAAGGGCGAACUCCUUCCUAGAAGAACUUAAACCCCCGUCAAUAGAGCGAGAAUGUGUGGAAGAGAGAUGUGACUUUGAGGAGGCAAGAGAGUUUUUCAUAACCAGGGAGGCUACGUUGGAAUUCUGGACCGUGUAUACAGAUGGGAAUCAGUGCAUUGAAAACCCUUGUGUAAACGGGACUUGUGUGGAUCUCUACCAGUCUUAUGCAUGCAAGUGCAAUCCAGGAUUUGAGGGAAAACUCUGCGACCAAACUAGGACAGCCACCAAUUGUUCAAUAGCCAAUGGUGAUUGUGACCAUGAGUGCCAGGAAAGCAAGGAUGGUCUGAGUCGUACCUGCUCCUGUCUCCAGGGACACCGUCUACAAAAGAAUUCUAGACAAUGUCUUCCUAUAGAUGACCAGUCCUGCGGCCAGCUGCUGGUGACUAAGUCCAGCUACAGUAAACCUAUUCAAGGACUACAGCCCUGGCUGGUCGGGGGAGAAGUGGGCAAGAAGGGGGAGAGCCCCUGGCAGGCUCUGUUGAUGGAUGCAAGGGGGAAGUUUCACUGCGGAGGGGUCUUGAUUGAUAAGAACUGGGUCCUCACCGCGGCUCAUUGCCUGACCAACAGUCUUCGGUUUUCUGUCAGACUGGGCGACUAUGAGCGGACCCAUUUCGAGGGCACCGAAGUCAGCCUGGCGGUGAGCAAGGUGUUCUCUCACCCCAACUACAACAAGGAGACGGUGGACAAUGACAUCGCCCUGCUGCGCCUGUCUUCCCCGGUGCCCUUCUCCAAAUACAUACUUCCGGCCUGCCUCCCCGGCCGGGCCCUGGCCGAGGGCGUGCUCCACCAGAACGGCACCCGCACCGUGGUGACGGGCUGGGGGAAGCAGGACCAGCACUCCAGGGGCUACACCUCGGCCCUCAACUUCAUCGAGGUGCCGCUGGUCAAGCGGGACCUGUGCGCCCGGCACAUGAGCAACAACGUGUCAGCCAACGUGCUGUGUGCCGGUGUGAUUGGCCGGAGGGAGGACGCGUGCGAGGGGGACAGUGGCGGCCCCAUGGUCACCUUGUACCGCAACACCUGGUUCCUCAUUGGUAUCGUGUCUUGGGGGGAGGGGUGCGGCAACAAGGACAAACUGGGCAUUUACACCAAGGUGUCAAACUACAACGAGUGGAUUGAUAGUGUUAGACAGGGGUGGGACACUGAGCUGUCCACCUGAGUGCCUGUUAGAAAUGUAACACGCCUUGUGGAAUAAAUCAGCACACUGUCAUGUUUCA